UGAUCUCUCCUCCUUCAGUCUCUCAUUUUUUAUUCUGCCUAUUCUUUUUUUCGUCCUAGUAUUUUUUCCCCUUCCGUGCUCUGCACCUGGAUUGUAUCGUCACUAAACAAUCGGGCACUUUGAGAACUAACUGGAGACAGUCUUGUAGGGAAGAUCUGUAUGGAAUUAUCUGCUUUUAUGGUGAACUUGGCAUUUGUGAAUGGGUAUCUUGUUCACAAUAUUAAUUGCUAGCCAAAACAAGAAAAAGAACACAGGAGUAAAACGUGGAUUUUUCUGAAUACGCAUUGUGAUGACCAGCAAUUACCUUACCGACUGAUAUCCAGAGGAGAAUAAUUUGGAAGACUGUUGUGGGAACGGCCUUUAAGAGCUGGAAGAUGAAAGCUCCGAUUCCACAUUUGAUUCUCUUAUAUGCUACUUUCACUCAGAGUCUGAAGGUUGUGACCAAAAGAGGUUCUGCUGAUGGGUGCACUGAUUGGUCUGUUGAUAUCAAGAAAUACCAAGUUUUGGUGGGAGAGCCUGUUAGAAUCAAGUGUGCACUCUUUUACGGUUAUAUCAGAACAAACUACUCCCUUGCCCAAAGUGCUGGACUCAGCUUAAUGUGGUAUAAAAGCUCUGGUCCAGGAGAUUUUGAAGAGCCCAUUGCCUUUGAUGGAAGCAGAAUGAGCAAAGAAGAAGACUCCAUUUGGUUCAGACCAACGCUACUACAGGACAGUGGGCUUUAUGCCUGUGUCAUCAGGAACUCCACAUAUUGUAUGAAAGUAUCCAUCUCACUGACAGUAGGAGAAAACGACACGGGACUCUGCUACAAUUCCAAGAUGAAGUACUUUGAAAAAGCUGAACUCAGCAAAAGCAAGGAAAUUUCAUGCCGAGACAUAGAGGACUUUUUAUUACCAACCAGAGAACCUGAAAUCCUUUGGUACAAGGAAUGUAGAACAAAAUCAUGGAGACCAAGUAUUGUGUUCAAAAGAGAUACCUUACUCAUAAGAGAAGUCAAAGAAGAUGACAUUGGAAACUAUACCUGUGAAUUAAAAUAUGGCGGCUUUGUGGUGAGAAGAACCACCGAGUUAACUGUUACAGCUCCUCUAACUGAUAAGCCACCCAAGCUUCUGUAUCCUGUAGAAAGUAAACUAACAAUUCAGGAGACUCAACUAGGAGACUCAGCCAACCUCACCUGCAGAGCUUUCUUUGGGUACAGUGGAGAUGUCAGUCCUUUGAUUUACUGGAUGAAAGGAGAGAAGUUUAUUGAAGAUCUGGAUGAAAAUCGAGUUUGGGAAAGUGACAUUAGAAUUCUUAAGGAACAUCUUGGAGAACAGGAAGUUUCUAUCUCAUUAAUUGUUGACUCUGUGGAAGAAGGUGACCUGGGGAAUUAUUCCUGUUAUGUUGAAAAUGGAAAUGGACGUCGGCAUGCCAGUGUUCUCCUUCACAAACGAGAGUUAAUGUACACCGUUGAACUUGCUGGAGGGCUUGGUGCUAUUCUCUUGCUGCUUGUUUGUUUGGUGACCAUCUAUAAAUGUUACAAGAUAGAAAUCAUGCUAUUCUACAGGAAUCAUUUUGGAGCUGAGGAGCUGGAUGGAGACAACAAAGACUAUGAUGCCUACCUGUCGUAUACCAAAGUGGACCCUGACCAGUGGAAUCAAGAGACUGGAGAAGAGGAACGUUUUGCCCUUGAAAUCCUACCUGAUAUGCUUGAAAAGCACUAUGGAUAUAAGUUGUUUAUACCAGAUAGAGAUUUGAUCCCAACUGGAACAUACAUUGAAGACGUGGCAAGAUGUGUAGAUCAAAGUAAGCGGCUUAUCAUUGUCAUGACCCCAAAUUAUGUAGUUCGAAGGGGCUGGAGCAUCUUUGAGCUGGAAACAAGACUUCGAAACAUGCUUGUGACUGGAGAAAUCAAAGUGAUACUGAUUGAAUGCAGCGAACUCCGUGGAAUUAUGAACUACCAGGAGGUGGAGGCCCUCAAGCACACCAUCAAGCUCCUGACAGUUAUUAAAUGGCAUGGACCAAAAUGCAACAAAUUGAACUCGAAGUUCUGGAAACGUUUACAGUAUGAAAUGCCUUUUAAGAGGAUAGAACCCAUUACACAUGAGCAGGCUUUAGAUGUCAGUGAGCAGGGGCCUUUUGGAGAGCUGCAGACUGUCUCAGCCAUUUCAAUGGCUGCGGCCACCUCCACAGCUCUAGCCACUGCCCAUCCAGAUCUCCGUUCUACCUUUCACAACACCUACCAUUCACAAAUGCGUCAGAAACACUACUAUCGAAGCUAUGAGUACGACGUACCUCCUACGGGCACCUUGCCACUUACCUCCAUAGGAAAUCAGCAUACCUACUGUAACAUCCCUAUGACACUCAUCAAUGGGCAGCGGCCACAGACAAAGUCGAGCAGGGAGCCAAAUCCAGACGAGGCCCACACAAACAGUGCCAUCCUGCCGUUGUUGCCAAGGGAGACCAGUAUAUCCAGUGUGAUUUGGUGACAGAAAAGCAAAGGACAUCCCGUCCCUGGGAGUUUGAAAGGAAUCUGCAGUCCAGUGCCUGGAACUAAAUCCUCGACUCCUGCUAUUAAAAACAUGCAUUACAAUCUCUAGAACACGAGGAAAAACAGGGUCUUGUACAUAUAUUUUUUGGAAUUUCUUUGUAGCAUCAGUGUCUUCCUGUUUUACCAUGUCUCUUACCAUUACAUUUUUUUUACUUUGUUUUAUAUGUCAUUGGAUU